GGGAGGGGAAACAAAGCGAUAUACGUCUACAACACGAGUUGGUAGAACAUGACUACUGUCAUUAUCCCUGUUACUCCUGCAAUACUACAUGUUAUCAUCCUACCCAAGCAGUGUAGCCCGGUCCUGGCGUUGCUGAUUGACUGCCUGCAGAGACAAAUAAAGACGUCGAGAGACUCCAGAGCGGGUCCCGCUGCGCCGCGAGAGAACAAACAAGAGACAAACAGUCAGCGGUUACUGUAGAAGGACAAACAGGCAGCAGCUACUGUAGAAGGACAAACAGGCAGCAGCUACUGUAGAAGGACAAACUGGCAGCAGCUACUGUAGAAGGACAAACAGGCAGCAGCUACUACAGAAGGAGACGGCAUCGCACAUUAUUUGAGAUCUUUUUCAGAUACUGCAGCAGUGAUGAACUGUCUGGAUUACCUGUAAAAUUGUGCUACCGUCUCUGUGAUGACACCAAGUCUGGUCCGAGCACACACUGUCUCCGAGACUGACACCAAGUCUGACAUGGUGGAUACCCAGCUCCUCGCAUGGCCAAUGGGCAUCAGUCUGACCCCUGUACACCUGGAGGAGCUUGAUGACAGUUCUCACUCUCUGGAUAUGAAACCAUUCACCACCCUGGACUACACUAGCCUGGACUACGAACACGGACCCACCAUCUCCAGCUACAGACCCACCCAGGUCCACCACUACCAAGCAAGCCACAGUCCCAGACCCACCCAGGCCCACCACUACCAAGCCAGCAACAGUCCCAGACCCACCCAGGCCCACCACUACCACGCCAGCUACAGCCCCAGUCACCUCAGCCCUAGACCUGGCCAGGGUUACCAGCCCUGCCCCAGCCCUGGCUCCAGCCCUGCCCUGGGACACCACCUUGCAUACAUGGACCACAUGUACAACCACAGCCAGGUUCAGGAGGGACACGGUGAGACCUGUUGUAUAAAACUGGAGCCAGAGUCUCCUCCCCAGCACUCAGACAGCAGUCCUCUCUACUCCAAGCUACAGGACGACACCACCGCUUCCCUACUCAACAUAGAGUGUCGAGUCUGUGGAGACAAAGCUUCUGGCUUCCACUACGGAGUCCAUGCCUGUGAAGGCUGCAAGGGGUUCUUCCGUCGGACCAUCCGGUUGAAGCUGGUUUAUGACCACUGUGACCUGCACUGUCGCAUCCACAAGAAGAGCCGCAACAAGUGUCAGUACUGUCGCUUUCAGAAGUGCCUGGUGGUGGGCAUGUCUCACAAUGCCAUUCGUUUUGGACGGAUGCCCCAGGCUGAGAAGGAGAAGCUCCUAGCUGAGUUCUCUACUGACAUGGACAUCAUGCACCCUGAGGCUGCCGACCUGAGGAGCCUGGCCAAGCUGCUGCUGGAGUCCUAUCUCAAAUACUUCCCCCUCACUAAGGCCAAGGCCAGGGCCAUCCUGUCUGGAAAGACUGGGGAUAACGCGCCGUUUGUAAUCCAUGACAUGAAGUCUCUUCAGGAAGGAGAGAGGUUUAUCAACUGCAGGCAGAUGCCCAUCCAUGUUGUCCAGGAGACCAGGACUGAGGCGAGGACUGAGGCUGGGACUGGAGCUGGCUGUGGUCUAGGUGGAUGUCUGGCAGUGAGUGAAGGUCUGGCUGUAGGUGAAGGUCUAGGAGGAGGUGUUGGUCUGGUCCAAGAGCCCACUGACGAGGUGCAGCUCAGGUUCUUCUACAGCUGUCAGUCACGCUCCGCCGAGGCCGUCCGGGAGGUCACAGAGUUCGCUAAGAGCAUCCCUGGCUUCGUGGGAUUGGACCUGAACGAUCAGGUGACUCUGCUGAAGUACGGCGUCAUCGAGGUGCUCAUCAUCAUGUGGGCUCCACUCAUGAACAAAGAUGGUACACUGAUCUCCUAUGGACAGAUCUUCAUGACGAGAGAGUUCCUAAAGAGCCUGAGGAAACCCUUCUGUGAUAUGAUGGAACCCAAGUUUGAGUUCUCUGUUAAGUUCAACACCCUGGAGCUGUAUGACAGUGAUAUGGCACUCUUCCUCGCCGUCAUCAUCCUCAGUGGAGAUCGUCCAGGCCUGCUGAAUGUGAAGCCCAUUGAGGAGCUACAGGAAACAGUCCUCCACUCUCUGGAGCUCCAACUGAAACUCAACCACCCAGACUCCCUGCAGCUCUUCGCCAAGGUUCUGCAGAAGAUGACAGACCUGAGGCAGAUAGUAACAGACCAUGUGCACCUAAUCCAGCUACUGAAGAAGACUGAAGUGGACAUGUGUCUCCACCCACUGCUGCAGGAGAUCAUGAGAGACCUCUACUAGUAGGGUCAAUAUGAAAUGGCACCCUAUUCCCUAUAUAGUGCACUACUUUUGCGCACUAUAUGAAAUAGUUUUUCAUCCAAGGUAACGGAAAGACACCGGUUGAAAACCGCAUAUGGAUGUGUUAGUCCUAUUGAUGCCACUGAUGAGGCAUAUUGGGGCAACAGGUAGCCUAGUGGUUAGAGCAUUGGGCCAGAAAGGUUGGUGGAUCGAAUCCCAAAGCUGCCAAGGUAAAAAUCUGUUGUUCUACCCCUGAACAAGGCAGUUAACCUUCAUUGUAAAUAAAAAUGUGCUCUUAAACUGACUUGCUUAGUUAAAUAAAGGUAAAAUAAUAAAUAUUGGAAUACUAUAUUAGGGACUAGUAGUUACCUGACAGAAUGAGAUGUUAACCUGUCUGACGUUAUAGAUUCUGAAUGGUCCUAUUAGCGCUGUUAGAAAGGAAAAGGAAAAAAAACACUGUGAUUAUUAUGAGCCAUAUACUGUAGAUAUCAGCAUCACCACCACCAAUUAAUAUAUGUUAUGCUGUAUGUAGGUGAUAGAUUCUGUUCUUCACAAAUUAAUAUACGUUAUGUAUUUAGAGUUUAUAAACAAACACUUACAUCUAUAAUAUCAAGAUGCAACUGUCUUAAAGAUGUAUCCCCAUAGGACCAGAUAGGCUACACCUGGUAACAGGUCCACCUGUCAGAUCUGAUCUCAGUUGACUCACCUGCAACAUAGAUAGUGGUUUCAAUAGUGCUUCUCUAGUGCUUCUAUGGGGUUUCUAUAAGGUUUCUAUGGCGCUUCUACAGGGUUUCUAUGGUGCUUCUACAGGGUUUCUAUAGUGUCUCUAUGGAGUUUCUAUAGGUUUUCUAGGGCUCCUAUAGGGUUUCUAUGGUGCUUCUAUAGGGUUUCUAGUGCUACUAGUGCCACCGUGCUUCUACACCUGCAUUGCUUGCUGUUUGGAGUUUUUGGCUGGGUUUCUGUACAGCACUUUGAGAUAUCAGCUGAUGUACGAAGGGCUAUAUAAAUACAUUUCAUUUGAUACUAUAGUGCUUCUAUAGGGUUGCUAUGGUGCUUCUAUAGGGUUUCUAUAGGGUUUCUAUGGUGCUUCUAUAGGGUUUCUAGUGCUUCUAUAGGGUUUCUAGUGCUUCUAUAUGGUUUCCAUGGUGUUUCUAUAGGGUUUCUAUGGUGCUUCUAUAGGGUUUCCAUGGUGCUUCUAUAGGGUUUCUAGUGCUACUAUAGUGCUUCUAUAGGGUUUCUAUGGUGCUUCUAUAGGGAUUCUAGUGCUUCUAUAGGGUUUCUAUAGUGCUUCUAAAACGUUUCUAGUGCUACAAUAGUGCUCCUAUAGUGCUUCUAGAGGGUUUCUAUAGUGCUUCUAGAGGGUUUCUAUAGUGCUUCUAGAGGAUUUCUAUAGUGCUUCUAGAGGGUUUCUAUAGUGCUUCUAGAGGGUUUCUAUAGUGCUUCUACAGGGUUUCUAUAGUGCUUCUAGAGGAUUUCUAUUGUGUGUCUAUAGGGUUACUAUAGUGUGUGAGCUCAUUAUGUAAGAAAUAUACUAUAUUGUGCUUCAUAUUAUAUUUUGGAUAAUUUGCCAGCUGUAAUUUGUAUGUUGGAUACAAUGAAUGUGUGAAAUAAAAGCCAUAUAAAUAAAUACAUAUUUUUGUACAUGCGUAGAUGGAUAAAUAAAUACAAAAUCUCAGAGUAUAACACCUUAGUUUAAAAUGCUGUACUUGUUGUAUUUCAAAUACAGUAUUUUUCAGAUUUUUAUGUUGAUGUUAUUUGUAUUAUUUUUUGUUGUUGUUGAAACAGACAUUUUUAUUUUCCAAGUGCAAAUGGGCUGGUUUUUGCAUUUAAAAAAAACGGUUUGUAGACUCUUAACUUGUCAAAAUAUGUAAAUAAAUAUUUUCUAUUUGU